AUGCGGGCUUUAGGGGUGAACAGACAAGGAGGUCAUAUGCAAUUUGAAGUCAUAACCGAAAGAACAAAAACCAUUACAGAGACCAGCAUCCAACUUGUAGAAGCUGACUCCAAAGAAGAAGCUAUCCAGAAAGCCGCUGAACUUCCUCAUACCAAUGUCUCAUGCGAAUCCACAAACAAGGAGAUCACAUUCGCAGUAGAAGACCUACCUGGUGCAGAAGAGGGAAUCAAAAAAUGCCGCUGGCUUCUUGCCAGCAUGUGUGCCAAAGACGAUGCUGAAGAAGAAGAGGAUGAUCCAGCCAUCUACGACGAGAAAUAUUUUCAGUUUAUUGAUUGGUUGAAUAAGAACGGUUAA